GCAGGGCCGAGGGAGGAGGUUUGAGCCUCGGCGGCUCCUGUCCGCUGCUGCCGCGGGCCCGCGUCAGUUCCUGCCGCCGGCCGGCGCUGCCAUCGGGAUCCGCCGACCGGGAGCGCCGCCGCCAUGAGCCGCAGCUACAACGAUGAGCUGCAGUACCUGGACAAGAUCGACAAGAACUGCUGGCGGAUCAAGAAGGGCUUCGUGCCGAACAUGCGUGUGGAGGGCGUUUUCUACGUGAACGACCCGCUGGAGAAGCUGAUGUUCGAGGAGCUGCGCAAUGCCUGCCGCGGCGGAGGUGCGGGUGGCUUCCUGCCUGCUAUGAAACAGAUUGGGAAUGUGGCUGCAUUGCCUGGCAUUGUUCACAGAUCAAUAGGCCUUCCAGAUGUCCAUUCUGGCUAUGGAUUUGCUAUUGGCAACAUGGCUGCCUUUGAUAUGAGUGAUCCUGAAGCAGUGGUUUCACCAGGUGGUGUCGGCUUUGACAUCAACUGUGGCGUCCGCUUGCUGCGGACAAAUUUGGACGAAAGCGAUGUGCAGCCUGUGAAAGAACAGCUCGCCCAGGCUAUGUUUGACCACAUUCCUGUUGGUGUUGGCUCCAAAGGUGUCAUCCCCAUGAAUGCCAAGGAUUUGGAAGAGGCGCUGGAGAUGGGUGUGGACUGGUCUCUCCGAGAGGGCUACGCCUGGGCAGAGGACAAGGAGCACUGUGAGGAAUAUGGAAGAAUGCUACAGGCUGACCCCAACAAAGUCUCUUCAAGGGCAAAGAAAAGGGGCCUGCCUCAGCUGGGCACCCUGGGAGCUGGAAAUCAUUACGCUGAGAUCCAGGUGGUGGAUGAGAUUUACAACGAAUACGCUGCCAAGAAAAUGGGCAUUGACCACAAAGGGCAGGUGUGCGUGAUGAUCCACAGUGGAAGCAGAGGGCUGGGCCACCAGGUUGCCACAGAUGCACUGGUGGCUAUGGAAAAAGCUAUGAAACGGGACAAAAUCAUAGUGAAUGAUCGGCAGCUGGCGUGUGCCAGGAUUGCCUCUGCAGAGGGACAGGAUUACCUGAAGGGAAUGGCAGCUGCUGGCAACUAUGCCUGGGUUAACCGCUCUUCCAUGACUUUCCUAACACGACAGGCUUUUGCCAAAGUGUUCAACACAACCCCAGAUGACCUUGACAUGCACGUUAUCUAUGAUGUGUCUCACAACAUUGCCAAGGUGGAACAGCAUGUGGUGGAUGGAAAGGAGCGGACUCUGCUGGUGCACAGAAAGGGAUCAACCAGGGCCUUCCCCCCUCACCAUCCUCUUAUUGCUGUUGAUUAUCAACUGACUGGACAGCCUGUUUUGAUCGGUGGCACAAUGGGCACCUGCAGCUAUGUCCUCACUGGCACAGAGCAAGGCAUGACUGAGACCUUUGGAACUACUUGCCAUGGAGCUGGUCGUGCACUGUCUCGAGCCAAAUCUCGACGUAACUUGGACUUCCAGGACGUACUGGACAAGCUGGCUGACAUGGGCAUUGCCAUCCGUGUUGCUUCUCCCAAACUGGUCAUGGAAGAAGCACCAGAGUCUUACAAGAACGUGACUGAUGUGGUUAACACCUGCCAUGAAGCUGGCAUCAGCAAGAAAGCCAUUAAACUGAGACCUAUUGCUGUUAUAAAAGGCUAGGAGCCAACAAGGCACCCAUGUCUCCAGGCCUUACACAAAACUGACUAGAGUUAUCAUCUUCCCACACCUCUUGGGCUCUGUAGGAUGCUCAAAUAUCACAUUCCUGUUCUGGAAACAACAGCUGAGGAUACACCUAUUUUUACCACUCCUAGCCAUAAUUAAUGCCCCUCCUCCUUGUUAUAUGGCGUUGUUUUCCUGUGAGGACGGGGCAAAGAAAUACGUAAGUCUUGGUUUUUAUAUGCAGUCCUUCCUCCAUUUCCCUGCUCAGGCAGGACUUCAGACUUGCCUGAGUUGUCACUAAGUGCUGUGCUGCAAGACCACCUCCAUCAUUGAAGGUGGUGUUUGAACCAGAGCUGCUGUCACCCCACCUGAGUGCCUGGAGCUCUUUCUACAUGUGGAAGUACUCUGAUAGACAAGGUGUUGCACUACAUAGUCUGUACUGCUGCAUGUUUUCUGGUAAUUGGGUAAGAAAUCUGCAGUUGGGACUAGUCUCCUGCUCAGGUUGAGAGGGGCUAGCUAAGCUGGAGACACUGUCUUACCCCAGCCUCUCCCAUUUAACACAGCACCUGGUGAAUUUGGCUCAGGACAAGUAGGCAUUCCACAGGUUUUUGGAAAAUCUGAGUAGAACUGAGUAUGUUGCCUUGAGAGGUUUUGUUUGCCUAGUAAAAGUUGUGACUUAACUUAGGGAUGUGCUAAUCCAACAUUUUAAGAAGCUCUGAGCAUGUGAAAGUUGGGUUGGGUAAUGCUGCUCACUGUGUCCCACAGCUCUGAUUCAAUGGAGCCCAGUUUCGGAGUCAGGCCCAAUGCAGUGGGACUUAGAGUGUUUCUUUUACAUUCAUUAACCAAGGCUGGAGGGGAAGUUGACCAUCCCCACUGGAUCAUUUUGGGGAUUACAAUAAAAUGGGAAGAUGGA